GCCAUGGCCGCCUCCACCAUGUCCGUCUGCUCUGACGCUCGCACCAACUCCUCCUGGCAGGUGGAUGACUGUCCAGAGAGCUGCUGUGAGCCCUGCUGCUGUGCCCCCAGCUGCUGCCAGCCCUGCUGCUGUGCCCCCAGCUGCUGCCAGCCCUGCUGCUGUGCCCCAUCCCCCUGCCUGACCCUCCUCUGCACCCCAGUGAGCUGUGUGUCCAGCCCCUGCUGCCAAUCUUCCUGCUGCACACCCUCAUGCUGCCAGCAGUCUAGCUGCCAGCCAGCUUGCUGCACCUGCUCCCCCUGCCAGCCAUCCUGCUGUGUGACCCUCUGCUGCAAGCCUGUCUGCUGCACACCCAUCUGCUCUGGAUCAUGCUGCCAGUCCUCAUGCUGUCAAUCCCCCUGCUGUGUGCCUGUCUGCUGCAAGCCUGUGUGCUGCACACCCAUCUGCUCUGGCUCCUCCUCCUGCUGCCAGCCCUCCUGCUGUGCUCCUGUGUGCUGCAAGCCCUGCUCCAGCCUGUCCCUGCUGUGUCGCCCUGUGUGCAGACCUGCCUGUUGUGUGCCCACCUCCUCCUGCUGUGCCUCCUCCUGCCAGCCCAGCUGCUGCCGCCCAACCUCCUCUGUGUCCCUGCUGUGCCGCCCUGCCUGCUGCAGACAGGCCUGCUGUGGCCAGAAGUCCAGCUGCUGAUGGGCCUGUCUACUGCUUGUGUCUUUCUUCCUGAUACCUCUCGGCCCCUCUACUCUGUUCCUGAUGUGGGAUCAUCCCAGGACAAAGCCCCAAUAUGUCCUAUACACUGGCUUGAACUAUCCCCCUGACUCCCAGGAACCCCACCUGCACCCUGUGUCACUGUCCCUCUUCACUGUCCCUCCAUUCUGGCCUUAUCUUUGGUAUCAGCCAUUCGGCAGUUCACAACAUCAAUAAACGCAUCUAACUUUC